GCAUGUUUACAUUUCCCCUUGCCUGCGGUCUCUUUAUCAGGCAAUGGGUUUGUUCUGUGUCUAGUAUAAAGCAAGUGAGCGCGGCUUUCACACACACACGUACUGCACACAUGCAGCGUGCUCAGGAUGACACAGACGAGUACAGUAUUGAGCAUUUUCGUCUUGUUUCUUCGCACCACUUUUGGGGAAAGUGGUUGCACCUCAGCAGAUGGUGAUGGGACUUUUGGAGAUGACGAACCAGACAAUUUUGACAUCAGCUGCUUCAGCCAGCUGGAAUUUAAGGAUUCCUAUAGCAGCCUGACCUGCAAUUUUACUGAGCCGCCUCUUCACAACACUAACUAUACCCUGGCCCUGUGUACCAAGGAAGAAAGCAAUUACAUGUGCUUCAACAUGGAGAAACAGGAGGAUGUGUAUUUCUUGCAAUUCACUGAUAUACUCUCAAAUAAAGACAUUUGUAUGAACUCUGAGACGAAGAGAAUGGUCUGCAGGAGUCUGGUUGUAACUGACAUAGUUAAGCCUGAAGUACCAUUUGAUAUAAACAUCACAUACCAAAAGGAGGCAAAUGAAUAUCUGAUUCAUUACAGUACACCACACUCAUGGAAGAAAUACUUACAGGACAAAUUAAUUCACCAAGUAGCCUAUCGGCAGGAAGAAGGUACAUGGAAGACAAUAAAGUCGCCGUACCUUCAAGUGAAAUUACUGGGAAAAAACCUCGAAAAUGAUGCCUUGUAUGAGGUGAAAGUACGUUCACAGCCCAAUGGAGAAUAUUUUAAGGGCAUGUGGAGCGAAUGGAGCACUUCCAAAAGCUUCAGGACUGCAAGGGAGCAGAACUCCACAGAGAGCUAUAACAGUGUGGUCGUGGUUAUACUCUCCAUCCUGGGCUUCAUGCUAUCCAUUCUCAUGAUUUUCCUGGUCGUAACUUUUUGGGAAAACAGGAUCAAACCUGCUGUGUGGCCAAACCUGCCUGAUCAUAAAAAAACUCUGGAGCAACUAUGCAAGAAGCCAAAAAGUAAUUUUGAUAUAAGCUUUAAUGCAGAGAGUUUUGGUUACGUUCAUAUCCAUAAAGUGGAUGGCAUUCGAGCAAAAGCAGAAUUGGAAAAUUUUCUGCAGCCAUCAACCACUCCAGAGACAAACCUUUCAGAAAAAUUUAGGAGCGGCUCAGAACUGAAGAAGAUCACUGCGAUUACAGACAAAAGCAACCAGAACCUGUCUGUGACUUAUGGAGGAAUCUGGCCAGCUGAAGCCCUGCACGGACUCCUGGACACCAGCCAGUUUGCAGACACCGAAGGAAACGACGGCUCCAGCACAUACGAGGUGUGCCACAGCAAUGGGGUGCCCCUGUGUGAUGAUGGUUUCAACCCUUCCUCCACUCCUCCCCCGGAUCCCUCUGGCCAGCCUGGGUCAGAGCCCCUAAAUGCUGAUGCCACAUACCAGAUGACGCCUACCAGUGAAACGAGGUCACCAAACAACGAGGAAGCCUAUGUCACCAUGUCUAGCUUCUACAAAAUUCAGUAAGCCUUAGAGGAAUGAUGGCGUCCCAUUUUUUUUUUCUCUAACAAGCAGGACAGUGAAGCUUUCUGUUUUGUUUUUCCUGCAUACCGAAAGUUGCCACCCCUGCAACGCACCCUGCUCACAGUGCAAUCACAGAAUCACAGAAUCGCCAUGGUUGGAAAGGACCUCUGAGAUCACCAAGUCCAACCAUAUACACACAAAAAACCCCAACAAUCUCGGGCACUAGAGCAUGCCCUGAAUAGCCACUUCUACACGUUUCUCAAAUACCUACAGGGAAGGUGACUCCACCUCCUCCCUGGGCAGGCUGUUCCAGUGCCUGACCAUCCUCUUAGUAAAGUAAUCUUUUCUAAUAUCUAACCUAAAUCUCUCCUGCCCCAACUUCAGACCAUUUCCUCUGGUCUGGUCAUUAUUCCCCUGGGAGAAGAGGCCAACCCCCACCUC